AUGGCGACGAGCGGAUGGCCUUUGCCCGAGGCGGCGACGCGGCGUGUGGUGGAGAUGCUGGAGGCGCGCGAGCUGGCGGCGGUGGCGGCGAGCUGUCGGGCAGGGCGAGCAGCGGUGGCCGAAGCCGAGGUGCUUGUGGUGGGCGGGGGCGGGCGGGCGGGGGCGGUGGGUGCGCUGGCACAUCCGGCGAUGGCGGCGCGAGCGCGACAGUGGCGGGUGGUGGUGAUCCGGAUCGGCGAAGACGAGGCCGACGAGGUGGCGGCGGCGAUGGCGGCGGUGGCGCGGUUCCCGCGGCUGGAGGCACUGGAGAUCGAUGCGGUGGCGGCGCCGCUCGAGUCAUGGGUGGCCUCGCGGGCGUGUGCAGAAUUGCUGCUGCAGCUGGCCAAGGCGAGUGCGUGUUUGCAAAGGGUGGUGGUCCGUGGCGGAUGGCUUGGUGCGUUGCUCGACUCUAGGUUGGUGUUUGGCCUCGUGGCGGCCGGCGUCACGGCGCUGGUCAUUGACUCGGUGGUGAGUGUAGGCGCAGACGGUGGUGCGCUUGUAGUUCCGGCGCGACUUCGCGGGGUAAGCUUCCAGUAUGUGCGGCAGAUCGAGGUGUACGGUCUCCCGCUCAAGGCCGAGUCGCGAGCAGAAGUUGCGGGCGUGAUGGCGGCUUUUCCGGCGGCGACGGCGAUCGGGUUUGGCCUCCGCGAUCGGGUGUGGGCCAACUUUUCGGACCACACGCUCGCGGCGCUGGCGCGGAUGCCGGGCUCGUGCUUUGCAAACCUCACGGCGCUGCAUAUUUGGUUUGCGAUGCACGUGGGGAAUGCCGGGCUGGCUGCGGUAGUGGCGGGCGCGCCGCGGCUGCGGGCGCUGACGCUGGCGUACGCGUACGGGGUGGACAGCGAGGGCACAGAGGCGCUUGCGCAGUCAGGAUUGGCGCUUGAGAGUCUCUCUCUGGCGGGCGGGAGCGGAAUCUGUGACGAGGCGUUGUGGAACGUGUGUGACUCGCCGGUGCUCUCGACGAGCCUGGUGCGGCUGGAUGUGUCGCAGACGCGGGUGACCGAGGUAGGUCUGGCGGCAGCGCUGCAAACGCUGUGCCGGCUCGAGGUGCUUGAUGUACGCCGCUAA